CCCCGCUGGGCCCGCCGGCCGGCCAUGGGCGACCGCGAGCGCAACAAGAAGCGGCUGCUGGAGCUGCUGCAGGCGGAGGGCACUGGCAACGCGCACUGCGCCGACUGCGGGGCCGCGGAUCCUGACUGGGCCUCUUACAAGCUGGGCAUCUUCAUCUGUCUGAACUGCUCCGGCAUCCACCGAAACUUCCCAGACAUCAGCAAAGUUAAAUCCGUGAGACUUGACUUCUGGGACGACAGUAUUGUGGAGUUUAUGACCCACAACGGGAACCUCCGUGUGAAGGCCAAGUAUGAAGCCCGAGUCCCUGCUUUCUAUUACAUCCCCCAGGCCAGCGACUGCCCGGUCUUAAAGGAACAAUGGAUUCGAGCCAAGUACGAGAGACAGGAAUUUAUGGCUGAUGGGAAAACCAUGUCACCCUCAGAUAACCGAGAAGGGUUCCUGUGGAAGCGGGGAAGGGACAACGCGCAGUUCCUGAGAAGGAGAUUCGUCCUGUCGGCAGGAGAAGGCCUUCUGAAGUAUUACACUAAAGAAGAGGGUAAAGACCCCAAAGCUGUCAUCAACAUCAAGGACUUGAAUGCCACCUUCCAGGCAGAGAAGAUAGGCAACCCCCACGGGCUGCAGAUCACCUACCGGAGAGAAGGCCACAUCAGGAACCUGUUCGUGUACCACGAAAGUGGCAAGGAGAUAGUGGACUGGUUCAAUGCCCUCCGUGCGGCCCGUCUGCGAUACCUAAAAAUGGCCUUCCCUGAGCUCCCAGAGUCUGAGCUCGUGCCCCUCAUCACCAGGAACUACCUCAAACAAGGCUUCAUGGAAAAGACUGGUCCAAAGCAGAGAGAACCUUUCAAGAAAAGGUGGUUCGCCCUGGACCCCCAGGAACGGAGCCUGCUGUAUUACAAGAACCCACUGGAUGCCUUUGAGCUGGGCCAGGUGUUUCUCGGGAGCCGAGAGCAGGGGUACGAGGUGUAUGAAGACCUGCCCAAGGGCGUCCGAGGGAAUCGCUGGAAGGCCGGCCUCACCAUCGUCACCCCGGAGCGCAAAUUCCUCUUCACCUGCCCCAGCGAGAAGGAGCAGGGGGAGUGGCUGGAGAGUCUGCGAGAUGUGCUCUCCCGCCCCUUGACAGCCCUCAACCUCCUCACUGCAUCAGCAGAGAGUGGCCACAGCAGGAGGUGACACACUGGCUGAGGAACUGGCUGGCCACUGGCCAUGGGAGCUCUUGGAGGGAAGGAGAAGUUUGCAGCUCGGCCUUGGUCAUCCAGCCGGGUGCUCCGCAGUUGGCACCCAUCACUGGCAGUGAACUCUGCCAUAGCUAAAGCUUUGGCUUUUACCUGCCAGCUCCCUGGGCCUCACCACUGCCCAGCCCUGGGUGUCAGGGGACCUGGUACAUGUCCUCAAGGCCCAGGACAUCCGUGAUGGAGGCACUGCAAUGGACAGGCACCACAGCAUCACUCGAGUGCCAUGCUUUCCCUCCAGAAAGUUCAGUCUGACUCACCGUGAGGAAAUAGUCAGACAAAUCUAUGUGAAGGACAUUCUGCAAAACAACUGGCCUGGACUCCUCAAAAAUGUCAACAUCAUAACAGAUAAAGUAGUGUGGGAACUGUUCCAGGUUAAAGGAGACCAAAGAGCAACACCAGGCAACUUGUAAUUCUUGACUGGAUCCUGGAUUUAAAAAAAAAAGUUAUAAAGAAUAUAAAUUUGAGU